AUGUUAAAAAUGUUACCGACUUCGACUCUUCCUGCAAGAUUUUCUGUCCUCCAGGUGACCAACAAGAAAUCCUUCAAGAGACUUGAUCAGAGACCACUAGAUGUAUUCCAAUAUUAUUUACAGCUGCAAAUCGACAGGCUUAAUAUUAUUGCUGAUUAUAAAGAUCAUAGGAGUCAUAUUCCUUUGGUGAGGCGAAUAAGGGCAGAAUGGGAAUCAUUAUCAAUCACGAAAAGAAGGGUUUAUCAUGCGUUGUUCUUCAAAUUCAAUAAGAUCGAUUUCAGAAAAUUAGGAAACGAAGAACUGGCAAGGUACCUUGCAAUAUCGUGUCCUAUUUCAAGUGCAUAUCUUUUGUUUCGCUCAAAAUAUAAACUACAGUUUAAUCUAAUUUGGGAACAGAGGUACAUAAAACAAGAAGAAGCUCCAAUGCACCGUCCCACGUACUUGGAAAGACAUACUCCACUUAUGAAAAUAAUAUCUCAUUCACAGACAAAAAUGGAUUCUAUGCUUAACGCACACCUCAGGUACCAAGAGAUGUGUAAAUCAUGUAAAAAGGUUUGGAAAGAAAAAGUCACUGACGAGCAAAAGCAGUUGUUGUACGACAAGAUAAAGAGCAGCAAGGAACGUUUCAAUACUGAAAUGCAAAUUGAAAGAAAAGAGUUGGUAUUAUUGACAAAAGUUUUGGAGGACUCAGUCCCAGAAGACUCCAUGGAAUCUCUGGCUGACUCGCUCUCGUACCAUAAUUUCGAACAAAAGAAAGAAGUCAACAACCAUUUGCUAGUGUCCCUUCCAUACAUACUUCGAAAGAAAAAAUAA